GUGAUACAGCAGCACCGGUAGGGGCGGAGCCGCACUGCAGCAGUGCGCCGCUCCAGCUGUCUCAGCGCGCCUCGCUCCGCCCCUGGCGCGAGACAGGUGGUCGGAAUCCGCGCCCUUCAUCCCGGAGCGCUUCUUCUCAAAUAAAAAUUUAACACAUUAAAAAAACAAAAACAAAACAGAUUUAUACAGAUAUAUAUGUUGACAGCGCGGGUCGGUCGGCGCAAGCGCGUCCCCGAUGGGCUUCCAGUGUGCACGUGACCUCCGCGAUCACCGGGCGGACAGCGCGAGAGCGAACGAGGGGGGCAACAACGGGACCGCACGAGGAGGACAAACCCCGGCGAUAUACUACCAAAUGUUUCCCACGGAGGAGCUCACGGGAGGAGGUCAGCCAACACAGGAAUGACACGCACGGAUAGAAAGUUGAUAUUUAUCUGAGAAGCGGCGGGAUCGUUUCUCCUUAUCCUCCGCCGGCGGAAGUUCCCUUUCCGGGUGGGAGUGGAGGGGGAGAGCAGGAUGGCUUCGGGCGCCGGUAAGGCUGUGCAGCCCCCCGGGCCGAGCUCCGCCGUGAACGGCGCUGCGGCAGAGUUCACCAACAUCGAGCAAGAGCUGUACGACUACCAGAUGCACAGCAAGAUGUGCAAGAAGAUCGCGCAGCUCACCAAGGUGAUUUAUUCGUUGAAUAUGAAGAAUGAGGAGCAAGAGGCAGCCCUACAGUCCUUGAAUUACGCCCACCACGAGAAAAUGCACCGUAUUCUAAUGGAGACAUGUCAAGAAGGGGAGGGGUCAGUACUUAGGACACGCCUGCUGGAGCUCCAGGAGUCUCUGGAUGAGCAGCAAAGAGCUGGAGCUCAGGUACAGGCAGACUUUGAGACCUUCCGCAUCCAUGUAGAGGAGAGGGAGCGUGAAACUGAGGCAGAGCUGUGGAAAGAGUUUGAGGAGAGGCUUCAGGUUGCAGAGGAGGCACUCCAGGAGGCCAAAGUCCAGAUGAGUUCUGCACAGGACGAAAGCCUGAGGUUGGGCAAAGAACUGGAGAAGACAGCAGAGCAGAUCCUGGAGCUGGAAGCAAAAUGUGAUGAGCUCCAGAAGGCAGCUAAAGAAGAGAACAAGAGGAAAGAGGAGCAGACAGGGAGAGAAGAUGAGGAGAAAAAGAAGGAUGAGGAGAGACAAACAGAAGAACAGGAGGAAUUGCAAAGAAUGACAACACUGCUGGAAGAAGUUCGCACCCUGAAAGAGGAGAGAGAUCGAGCAGAGGAGGACAAGAGGCGAGCGGUGAAGGAGGAACGGGAGGGAUGGAUGCAGAAGAUGGGUGAUUUGAAAGAGGAGAACAAGGACAUGAGGAAGAGGAUGGAGGCAGAAUGGAGGGUGGAAAGGCAGAAGUGGGAAGAGAGGGAAGAGGAGGAGAAGAAAGGGAUGCACAGCGCUCUGCGAGAAAGGGUGAAGAGGGCAGAGGCAGAGGUCGAAAGCCACCUGGAGCGGCUCGCCGAGAGUAAGAGGAACAUGAUGAAACUGCAGGAGAGGAUACAGGACCUGGAGGAGGAGCUGGAAUUGGAUCAACGGCGUGUGUCUGAAGCGGAGGGCGUGGCUAAACGGGCAGAGGAGGAGCUCGCAGUUGCCAAGGAGAGGCUGCUGCUGCAGGAAGAUGAGUUGCAGAGCAGAGCAGCAGAACUGCUGAACCGUGGCGGUUGUGAGGUGUGUGUGUGCGCUGAGGUGGAGGAGCUGAGGAGUCAGGUGAGCCGCCUGCAGAGCAGGAACAGAGAGCUGGAGCUCCAGAGCAGCGGGCGAAACAGUGACCACGCACGGCAAAUACGCCAGCAUGCUGAGGCCCUGUCCAGCUUGCGUUCAGAGAUGGUGAGAGCCCAGACAGAGGAGCUACGGCGCAUCCAAAAACACGCAGAUGAUGAGAGAGACAAACUGCAGAAAGACCUAGAAAAAGAGAGGGAGAGCCUUCAGAAGGAGAGACAGCAAGAAAAGGACAAGUUUGAGAAGGAGAGAAACAGGCUGCGGAGGGAGAGGGACGAGGAGAAGGAAGCUCUGCACAAAGAAACGGAAGAUGUGAAGGAACGUCUGAGGAGAGAAAAGGAGGAUGAGGUGGAGCAUCUGCGCAAGGAAAUGGAGGUAGAGAGGGUCCGUGUUCGCUCGCAGCUGGACAAGAAGAAAGAUCAGGUGGACGCAGAGAGAGCCAAUGUGCAGCAGAAGCUGGAAGAGGAGAGGAAGAGACUGGUGGAGAAGGCGGAGGAGGACAGGAAGCGUCUCAAGGAGCAGGUGCGAAAGGCAAUAGAAGAGGUGAUGAGGAGGCACGCGGCGGAAAUACAAAGUGUCCAAGAAGCUCUGAGCUCAGAGAAGAAGAUGAACCAAGAGGUGUGUGCACGUUUGGAGGAGGAGAGGAGAACCGGAGAAGAGCGACGCAAGGUGCUGGACAGAGAAAAGGAGGAGCUUUGGACAAAGAUGCAAGAAGCAAACACCGAGAUCCGUAGGCUUGAAUCAGUAAACCAACAAUAUGAGAAGAAAGCUAAAAUGAUCACAGAAGUCCCGCCCCCAUGUGGGUCCCAGUGCUCUCAUUUGGAAGAACUGCAUCAGACUCGGAGUCGACUGACUCGGAUCCAGGAGGAGGUGGAGAGGCAGAGAGACAGACAGCAGAAGGAGAUCUCAUCCCUGAGAGCUGACAAACACAGGCUGGAGGAGAAAGCGCUGGAACAGAGCCGGCUGAAUGCCGAGAGGAGCAUUCUAGAGCAGAGCCAGCGGCACACUGAGGAUAGGAUCAGGGCUGAGUGUGAGGACCGUCUCAGAGCAGAGUUCAGAAUCGAACUGAAUGCCGCUGUUGCUGAGAGCGAACAGAGGGGGCAGAACCAUGAGCAGGAGCUGCAGAGCCAGAUAGCAGAGCUUCAAAGCCAACUGGCUGACAUGCAAUCACAGGCAGAGAAGAAGAAGGCGGGUCUAGGGGACGAUUGCCAUGGCAAUCCUGAAAUUGACAGGCUGAGGAAAGAGGUCCAAGACACAAAGGAGAUAAACAAGAAACUAAGGGAGCUGCUGCAGGAGCCACAAACUCAGUCUUUAGCUGAGGAGAGACACGCUCACGCCAUAGCGCUGCAGGCCUUAGAGAGACAGACCAAAGAAGACCUGCUGUCCGAGAGAAACAGAUUACUGACAAUGCACCAUCUGGAGCUAGAUAAGCAGCGCUCGGAGUUGACCCAGCAGCACACCGAGUGGAGCCGACAGACGACCCAGAGACACAUGCAGCAGAUAGAAGACCUACAGGCUCAACUACAAGCACAUACACAGAUGAUGGCUCUGCAGCAGGUACCUCUGAUCUGUCAGUCUGUCUGUCACAGUCACACAGGUAGCAUGACAAGUGAUUUAUCGUUGAAUAUGAAGAAUGAGGAGCAAGAGGCAGCCCUACAGUCCUUGAAUUACGCCCACCACGGAGAAAUGCACCGUAUUCUAAUGGAGACAUGUCAAGAAGGGGAGGGGUCAGUACUUAGGACACGCCUGCUGGAGCUCCAGGAGUCUCUGGAUGAGCAGCAAAGAGCUGGAGCUCAGAGGAGGAGCGUGAAACUGAGGCAGAGCUGUGGAAAGAUGUUUGAGGAGAGGCUUCAGGUUGCAGAGGAGGCACUCCAGGAGGCCAAAGUCCAGAUGAGUUCUGCACAGGACGAAAGCCUGAGGUUGGGCAAAGAACUGGAGAAGACAGCCGAGCAGAUCCUGGAGCUGGAAGCAACAUGUGAUGAGCUCCAGAAGGCAGCUAAAGAAGAAAAGAGGAAAGAGGAGCAGACAGGGAGAGAAGAUGAGGAGAAAAAGAAGGAUGAGGAGAGACAAACAGAAGAACAGGAGGAAUUGCAAAGAAUGACAACACUGCUGGAAGAAGUUCGCACCCUGAAAGAGGAGAGAGAUCGAGCAGAGGAGGACAAGAGGCGAGCGGUGAAGGAGGAACGGGAGGGAUGGAUGCAGAAGAUGGGUGAUUAAAGAGAGAACAAGGACAUGAGGAAGAGGAUGGAGGCAGAAUGGAUGGAAAGGCAGAAGUGGGAAGAGGAAGAGGAGGAGAAGAAAGGGAUGCACAGCGCUCUGCGAGAAAGGGUGAAGAGGGCAGAGGCAGAGGUCGAAAGCCACCUGGAGCGGCUCGCCGAGAGUAAGAGGAACAUGAUGAAACUGCAGGAGAGGAUACAGGACCUGGAGGAGGAGCUGGAAUUGGAUCAACGGCGUGUGUCUGAAGCGGAGGGCGUGGCUAAACGGGCAGAGGAGGAGCUCGCAGUUGCCAAGGAGAGGCUGCUGCUGCAGGAAGAUGAGUUGCAGAGCAGAGCAGCAGAACUGCUGAACCGUGGCGGUUGUGAGGUGUGUGUGUGCGCUGAGGUGGAGGAGCUGAGGAGUCAGGUGAGCCGCCUGCAGAGCAGGAACAGAGAGCUGGAGCUCCAGAGCAGCGGGCGAAACAGUGACCACGCACGGCAAAUACGCCAGCAUGCUGAGGCCCUGUCCAGCUUGCGUUCAGAGAUGGUGAGAGCCCAGACAGAGGAGCUACGGCGCAUCCAAAAACACGCAGAUGAUGAGAGAGACAAACUGCAGAAGAAAGACCUAGAAAAAGAGAGGGAGAGCCUUCAGAAGGAGAGACAGCAAGAAAAGGACAAGUUUGAGAAGGAGAGAAACAGGCUGCGGAGGGAGAGGGACGAGGAGAAGGAAGCUCUGCACAAGACGGAAGAUGUGAAGGAACGUCUGAGGAGAGAAAAGGAGGAUGAGGUGGAGCAUCUGCGCAAGGAAAUGGAGGUAGAGAGGGUCCGUGUUCGCUCGCAGCUGGACAAGAAGAAAGAUCAGGACGCAGAGAGAGCCAAUGUGCAGCAGAAGCUGGAAGAGGAGAGGAAGAGACUGGUGGAGAAGGCGGAGGAGGACAGGAAGCGUCUCAAGGAGCAGGUGCGAAAGGCAAUAGAAGAGGUGAUGAGGAGGCACGCGGCGGAAAUACAAAGUGUCCAAGAAGCUCUGAGCUCAGAGAAGAAGAUGAACCAAGAGGUGUGUGCACGUUUGGAGGAGGAGAGGAGAACCGGAGAAGAGCGACGCAAGGUGCUGGACAGAGAAAAGGAGGAGCUUUGGACAAAGAUGCAAGAAGCAAACACCGAGAUCCGUAGGCUUGAAUCAGUAAACCAACAAUAUGAGAAGAAAGCUAAAAUGAUCACAGAAGUCCCGCCCCCAUGUGGGUCCCAGUGCUCUCAUUUGGAAGAACUGCAUCAGACUCGGAGUCGACUGACUCGGAUCCAGGAGGAGGUGGAGAGGCAGAGAGACAGACAGCAGAAGGAGAUCUCAUCCCUGAGAGCUGACAAACACAGGCUGGAGGAGAAAGCGCUGGAACAGAGCCGGCUGAAUGCCGAGAGGAGCAUUCUAGAGCAGAGCCAGCGGCACACUGAGGAUAGGAUCAGGGCUGAGUGUGAGGACCGUCUCAGAGCAGAGUUCAGAAUCGAACUGAAUGCCGCUGUUGCUGAGAGCGAACAGAGGGGGCAGAACCAUGAGCAGGAGCUGCAGAGCCAGAUAGCAGAGCUUCAAAGCCAACUGGCUGACAUGCAAUCACAGGCAGAGAAGAAGAAGGCGGGUCUAGGGGACGAUUGCCAUGGCAAUCCUGAAAUUGACAGGCUGAGGAAAGAGGUCCAAGACACAAAGGAGAUAAACAAGAAACUAAGGGAGCUGCUGCAGGAGCCACAAACUCAGUCUUUAGCUGAGGAGAGACACGCUCACGCCAUAGCGCUGCAGGCCUUAGAGAGACAGACCAAAGAAGACCUGCUGUCCGAGAGAAACAGAUUACUGACAAUGCACCAUCUGGAGCUAGAUAAGCAGCGCUCGGAGUUGACCCAGCAGCACACCGAGUGGAGCCGACAGACGACCCAGAGACACAUGCAGCAGAUAGAAGACCUACAGGCUCAACUACAAGCACAUACACAGAUGAUGGCUCUGCAGCAGGAUCUAAAGCAGCAGAACCAGUACCAAGUGUUUGAGCGACAGCUGGACGAGAGUCGCUGUGCUCUGUUGGAACUGCAGAGAGAGAAUGCAGCUCUGAAGAAACAGUUGAGUGAAAGGGCUGUACAAAAGAAUCCUGAAGCUGAGGACAAAGAAGACGAAAGUGCAGAACUGCAUAAAAAACGAGAUGCCCAGCUUGAAGAAGAAGCACAACGCCUGAAGGAGGAAGUGGAGAAGCUGCGGGUAGAAAUGGAAAAACUGGAGGAGUCGCAGAAACACUGGGAGGAGAAGAAAGAGGAUGAUUUAAAAGAAGAGGAAGAAGAUGAUGAGAAGAAGAAGGAGCGGGAGGAGGAGAAGAGGAGGGAGGAGGUGGAGGAGAUCAAGAGAGAGCACAAGAAGGAAAUGCAGAGUUUGGUGUCUGAAUACAAUAGUGCACAGACACACCUGCAGGCUCGCAUAGUGGCCUUAGAGAACGAACUGCGCGAGCGGGAGGAGAGGUGCAGGAAGAGAGAGCCGCGAUGUGAUGACCUGCAGCUGGGGAGGCUCCAGGAGAGACUGACCGAGAGAGACCACCUCAUUAAACAAUUAGUGGAAGAGCGGCAUCAGCUGCAGCUCCACCCUCCUGUUGCCGGCGACAACAGCAACCCCAGGCUCCAUGAUGGCAAGUCCCGCCCUGGGAGCGUCACGCCAACCAUCAGGAGGAAGCGUAUGGAGUCUCCUCCUCGUGUCAUCAGCAUCCCCAGCGCCAGUUCUUACGACAGGAGCAUCUUUCUUCCCCAGUCCUCCUCACUGUCUUCCUCCCCUGUGCAUCAGCACUCUUCUACGCUUCCACACCAGUCCUCCUCCCACCCUCAUGCCUCCCCCCACUAUUCCACCUCCUCUCUUCCACAUAAGCAUACUUCCCUCUCCGUCAGCCAACAUUCCUCCCCGUCCCUCCCUCGUUCGGCCAGAUCACGGACCUCCUGCAUACCUCCCCCAGCGCCCACCGCCCCUCUACCCAUCUGCCCCUCAGCACAAACAGGUAUCCGCUACGUUUCCCCUUCCUGCCAGGAGCCAUAUUUUCACCUCCAGACCCAAUCAAUCAGGGGCCCAUAUUUGGAGCCGAGGGCGACAGAGGGGCUAAAGCAGGAGUGGUUCACCAAAUACUUCUCCUUCUAAGCACAAACACACAAACAAGAGCUGCAACUGCAUUUCCCACAGUUCAUUGCUUCCUAAACAUAUCAGUAGGGAGUCCUGCAAAGGAAAUUUCCACAGAACAUAUCAAUUGGUAAAAGUACUGAAGACCCC